AAAAUAUUAUACCCCAGAAGACUUUGUUAGAAAGUUUUUACAUAAGCUCCUCAUAAAGUGAUUUACAUAUCCUUAUUUGGAUUUUCACAGCACUUAACAAUGGCUGUAAUGAUAAUUGUUCUAAUACUGUUUUUGAAUUUCUGUGGCUUACAUGCUCAAAUUUCUCCCAACAUAAGCUUAGGUUCUAGCUUUACUGCUGGAUCCGAUGCUUCAUUGCGGUCCUUGUCUGGUGAUUUUGCAUUCGGAUUCUAUCCUCUCCAAAACGGCCUCUACCUUGUCGGGAUUUGGUUUGAUAGAAUUCCAGAGAAAACACUAGUUUGGUCAGCCAACCGUAACCACCCAGCCGAAAAAGGAUCAUCAAUCCAACUGACUAAUGCCGGUGCUCUUGUGCUCACUUAUGGUAAUGGUAGUACUCUACAAAUAUAUAAUGGAACUGCUGCAAGUUUAGGGACCAUGAAAAAUGAUGGCAACUUUGUCUUGAGAGAGAACAGUUCAAGAGUCCUUUGGCAGAGCUUUACUUCUUCAACAGACACACUCUUACGGGGGCAAGCUCUAGUUAAAGGCCAAAAGCUCUAUUCCAAGGCGAAAGGAAGUUCAAAUUACUCAACCGGGAAUUUCAUGCUGGAAAUGCAAAGUGAUGGAAACUUGGUGCUCUCUGCAUAUCAUUUCUCUGAUCCUGGUUAUUGGACCACACAAACCUUUGCUGACAAUGUGAGCCUAGUCUUUGAUAAGAGUGCUUCCUUGUACCUUGUCAAUGGUACAAUGGAUGAAAUCUUCCCUAUAACAAAGAACAUUUCAAGCCAAGUCGAAGACUACUAUCACCGAGCAACUGUUGAAUAUCAUGGCAAUUUCCAACAGUAUAUUUACCAUAUAAGAAAUGGCAGUGGAUGGAAAAGGGUGUGGAGAGUCAAUAAUGACACUUGCUUCGCGAAUUCUAUAUGUGGCAUAAACGGCAUGUGCACUUCAUCGGAUAAUGAAACAGUGACCUGCAGUUGCUUACCGGGCUAUCUUCCGUUAGAUCCAAGCGAUGUGUCUGAAGGAUGCUACCUGGAAAACGUGCUGAACUAUUGUGCUGUCUCUUCAAUGAGGAACUUUAGCAUGAAGGUCAUUGAGGAUGCUGAUUUCCCAUCUGGUUCCUAUGAUGGAGAUUUGGGUCAAGUAACAAACGUUAGUGUGGAGGGAUGCAAGAAGGCUUUAAUGGAUGAUUGUUAUACCUUGGCUGCUUCCUGGGUGGAUUCUAAAUGUCUCAAGAAGAGGAUGCCUCUGCUAAAUGCAAGAAAGAGUGUUUCCACCAAAGGUAGGGUGGCAUUUAUCAAGGUAGCAAAUAAGAAGAAGAGUGAGGAGCCAAGUCUUGCAACGAAAAGGAAGAAUUUUGAUACACGGGUUCUUUUGGAGAUUGGCCUUAUGAUAAGUGCUUCUCUUGCGUUCCUGUUUGGGUUAUUUGCCUUGUACUAUCAUCUAUUGAAGAGAAAGCAGUCACCAAAUGCAAAGACCAUUGGGAUUAACUUUCGAGAAUUCACAUUCCAAGAGCUGCGUGAAGCAACAAAUGGAUUUAGUAAGGUCCUUGGUCGUGGUGCUUCUGGAAGAGUUUACAGUGGUAGUCUAACUUUAGAGGAUGCCAAGAUUGAUAUUGCUGUGAAGGAGCUAACAAAAGCUACUGAGAAAAGUGAGAAGGAAUUUAGAACAGAGCUCAAAGUUAUUGGUCGUACGCAUCAAAGAAAUCUGGUAAGACUGCUGGGAUUUUGCGUUGAGAAUGAUCAGCCACUUCUAGUUUAUGAGCUAAUGCCAAAUGGAACAUUGUCACAUUUUCUGUUUAAGGAGGGGGAGAGACCCACUUGGCUUCAGAGGUCAGAAAUGGCACUUGAAGUAGCAAGUGGCUUACAUUACUUGCAUGAAGAAUGUGAGGCUCAGAUCAUACACUGUGACAUCAAGCCUGAUAAUGUGCUACUUGAUGUCAAUUAUACAGCAAAAAUAGCAGAUUUUGGGCUAUCAAAGCUUUUGAAUAAACAGCAAACCAGAACUGACACUAAUGCUAGAGGAACAUAUGGAUAUAUGGCACCAGAAUGGCUAAAGGUGGCACCUAUAACCGCCAAAGUGGAUGUUUACAGUUUUGGUGUGAUGUUACUUGAAAUAAUUUGUGCUAGAAGGCACAUAGAACGGAGCCGGGUUGAAGAGGAGAGUGACAAGGAUGAUCUACUUCUUUCAAAUUGGGUUCUAAGUUGUGUGAUUUCAGGGAAGCUGGAGAUGGUGGUGGGACAUGAACCUGAAGUAUUGAGUGAUUUCAAAAGGUUUGAGCGAAUGGCCUUGGUGGGAUUAUGGUGCAUUAAUCCGGAUCCGAUUCUCAGGCCCUCUAUGAAGAAAGUGACACAAAUGCUGGAAGGAACAAUGGAAGUUGGGAUCCCACCUCAGGUCUAUGAUUAUGUUUCAAACAAUUAAAGUAGUUUUUUUGGUUUUUGGCCUGCAUUAGUUAUUGGUUAGCUGAUUGUAUGUAUUUGGCUUCCACAUGUAUUUUAGGCCAAGCUUACUAUGAGCCAGCUUUGUAUGACAGUUUAUAUUAUAUGAAUAAAAAUGAGGUAAGGUGGUUGAUUAUAUGA